AAACAAAAUGCAAUUACUUCUCGCGAGUUAUGUUAUUUGCCUCCUAUUCCCAAUACUUCCCACAAUCGCCAGUGCCUCAAACGACAAUCAACCACAAAUCCUUAGCAAAAAUGGUGGUUUAGCGUUACAAUCAGUGCGGGAUAAAAAUAUACAUCUUCGAUUGAAUCAAGGCUCAUCGCUGAUAUUCAAUGAUACGGAUAUUUUGGAAGAGAUACAUCAACUAUAUACUUAUGAGGAUAAAUCGACAACUUUCAGUCGUAAAUCGGUCAGUGAUGAAGUUCAUAAGCUACGAGAGGGUAUUUCUAGAUUAGUGCAACGAUUUUCCCAUUUUGAAAAUAACACCCGGAACACUUUGAAAAUGCGUGUUAUGCGACAAUUUUUACGUCGCCUGAAUCGUUUGACAAUGCGUCUUUCGGUGAUCGAGGAGAACGUAUCGCAAAAUGAGUGCACAGAUGGUCCCUGUAAAAAUGGCGGAACAUGUUAUGAUCUAUACAAAGGAUAUCACUGUGAGUGCCCCGAUGGUUGGCAGGGUAAAUCAUGCGAAGAAGAUGUCGAUGAGUGUUAUCUCUUGGCUGGCACAGAUCUGGGAUGUCAAAACAAUGCAGUUUGCACCAACACGCCCGGUAGUUAUAGAUGCACCUGUGCCAAAGGCUUCUCUGGCACCCAUUGCCGUCUUAGUAACACACAAUGUCAACUGUUUCAAUCCGCCGAAUUGUGUGGCCAUGGCACGUGUAUUCCCGCCAAUAAUCAACAUGGCUACACGUGUCUAUGCGAUCAGGGAUGGAGUACAAAUACAACCCUGGCAACAAAUUCCACUGCCUCUUUGGUCUGUGAUGUCGACAUCGAUGAAUGUGAAGAGACCAAAAAUCCCUGUCACAAUGGAUGUAUAAACUUACCAGGAAGCUUUAAGUGUGGACCAUGUCCAGCUGGUUAUACAGGUGAUGGUAUGAAUUGUUAUGAUAUCGAUGAAUGUGACAGCAAUAACGGCGGUUGCAGUUCUUCGCCGCUUGUGCGUUGUAUUAACACUGAGGGUUCCUAUGUUUGUGGUAAGUGCCCUCCCGGCUGGAUUGGUGAUGGUCAUACCUGUGACUUGGCACCCAGCAAUUCUUGUGAUGCCGAAAAGAUUUGUCAUCCCCAGGCAAAGUGUGAAUAUAUUUCCAAUAUUGCCACCUGUACGUGUGCACACGGCAUGUUUGGCCAUGGUUUUGGCCCCGAAGGAUGCCACACCAAUCCCAUGACCGAUUCGUGUGAGAAUCACAUUUGCCAGAAUAAUGGUACAUGCAUGGGUCGCAGUACGAGAUGCAUGUGCCCAUUGGGAUACUCGGGAGCCUUGUGUGAAACAAAAGACGCCUGCCACCCAAAUCCCUGUGAAAAUGAGGGAACCUGUAAAGCAUUGGGUGAUGAAUCAUAUAAAUGCUCUUGCCCCCGCGGCACUACCGGCAAACGUUGUGAGGUGUUGCGCAGUGUUUGUUCUUCGAUACAACGUAAACCAAGUGGAGAGCUAAGCUAUCCCGCUGAUGGCGCAACUGAAUAUGCGCCGCUGGAAAGAUGUGCCUGGAUAAUACGCACCCUGCCGAAUCGAAUAUUACGCCUUAAUUUCCUCACUUUCGAUGUGGAACCUGAUCCUGAGUGCAGCCGUGAUUGGCUACAAAUCCACGACGGCAAUUCAUUGGCCGCUCAACUAAUUGGAAGAUUUUGCGGAAAUGAGCUACCCUUGAACGGGACGAUUUUAUCAUCGCACAAUGUCCUAUUCUUUUGGUUCCGAUCGGAUAAUGCCACUCAGAGAUCGGGAUUUCACAUGAACUGGACAUCACAGGUGUAUGUGUGUGGUGUAACUUUAGAAGUUGCCAUUGGAGAGACAGGUGUCAUACGUUCACCCGGUUACCCUGGUAAAGUAGCCGCCCACCGAGAUUGCCAAUGGAAAUUUACAGCACCGAUGGGUUAUCGUUUUCACCUCCGAAUCUAUGACAUUGAAAUGGGAAAUUCGCCAAAUUGCACGGGUGACUCUUUGAAGAUCUAUGAUGCCGAUUUGAUAUCCAAGGAAUAUUGUCAGAUCACAACGCCUCAGACUUUAAGAACAUCAUCGAAUGAACUUAAAUUGAAACUUCAUACGGACGGCUAUGGUUCGGAUACUUCGUUUCAGCUACACUUUGAAGUUGAAUCAUCAAUACCACAUUGCGGUGGGGUGUUUACAGCAGCAUCGGGCAUAAUUUUGGGUCCAUCGGAACCAUCUAUAUGUUUAUAUUCUAUCAAGCAACCAUUGAAUAUGCAGGUAAAAAUAACAUUUGCGGAAUUAAAUCUAAGCGAUGAGGAAAAUUGUAAUCUGCAUAGUAUUGAGAUUUUCGAUGGCAAAACGGAUGAAGAUUCCCGUCUUCUAAUCGCAUGCGGUGGCAGUGUACUCCCUCCUUCAGUUGUGAGUUCAGGAAAUUCCGUUCUAAUAAGAUAUAUGAAUAAAUUUCCAACCAAAGGACUCGAAAGUCCUUUUAAAAUAAAAUACACACAAGAUUGUGAAUUCAGAUAUUUCGGACCUGAUAGUGGUAUUAUCACCACACCAAAUUAUCCAAAUCCAUUUACCGAACACAUUACCUGUACUUAUCACAUAUAUGGACCAGCUGAAACAAUGGUUUUGGCAAAUUUCACAGAUAUUUCUUUGCCUCCGACCGGAGGACUUGAUAAUGCUGCAAAUGAUGCUGUUGCUAUGCAAAAUGAUACUCUUACAUAUUUUGAGGUCCAUCUUUCGGACACAAAUCGGCAAUGUUUCUAUAAAGCUGCCUCUCCCAUGGAGUUAUACUCGGAGCUGAACAAAAUGACCAUUGUAUUCCAUGCGACCAGCAAUGCGGCCAGGGCUCGAGGUCUUCGCAUUGAAUAUUCCUUUGAGGAAACGGAGUGUGGCGGAGUCUAUACGGAACCAAGUGGAAUCUUUAUGAAGGGACUUCACGAUGGCAUUUGUAAAUAUAUUUUCGAGGCUAGCGAAGACAAACAUAUUCACUUGUCCUUCACACACUAUACCCUGAUGGACACAAAACUUUCAACAGAAAUAUAUGGUCGGAUGCCAGGUGAAAAGAAUGUCCUGCUGAAAAACAUUUCCUCGUCAAACCAAUCUGUCAAUGAGACAUUCCAUUUCAAUGUGAUUACAGUUAUACCGGACCUUUCAGUUUUUUUGUUCGGUGGCACUUACGAAUUUGUCAACAACACGGAGGCAUGCGGCGGUAACUAUGUGGCCUUAUAUGGCGUCAUUAAAUCUCCCAACUGGCCACGUUUGUAUUCGGCCAAAUUGGAUUGUGUUUGGACUAUUUCGGCACCAAUGGGCUAUAAAAUUGAGUUGCGGGUGCAAAACUUUACGCUGGAACCGGAAUGUACAGGAGACAUACUGGAGAUUAGGAAUGGCAAAUUUCCCGACUCACCUCUAAUCGGCCGUUAUUGCGGUCAAGAAAUUCCCUCUAGAAUACCCUCAUUUGGUAAUAGCUUGUAUUUACGCUUCACCACAGACAGUACGGUAGAGGCUCCGGGAUUCCACAUAAUAUGGGAACAAAUGGAGACGGGUUGUGGCGGUAAGCUGACAUCCCAUAAGGGUUCCAUACACUCCCCAAUGGUUGCAACAUUUGAGGAAAUCGGUGUAAAAUGUGAUUGGAUGAUUCAUGUGGCGGAGGGUUCUUGGAUUCAGCUCAAACUAACAUACUUGACAAAUCCGGCGGAUUUUUGCCGUCGUAAUAAUUUACAUAUUUAUCAGGGGUCAACAACUUCAAAACCCUUUAAUAAUCAGCCCUGUUUAAAGCCCAUGGAGAAGAAUGAAGACUGGUUCCUUUCAAGCGAUAAUCAAAUGCUUGUCGUUUAUACACCCUUCAAUGUCGGAGAAGAUUACACGGACUUCGUUAUCGAUUAUCAAACAUAUUGUAAAACGGUUCUGGAUCAUGUACAGGGUAUCAUUGAAUCGCCCAACUUUCCGGAACCUUAUCCAGAGCUAUUGGAUUGCCGUUGGGACAUUAUGGCCGGCAUGAAUAAUCACAUCAAAUUGGCAUUUUCUCACUUCAGUUUGGAAACCUCCGACAUGGAAUGUGAAAAUGACUAUGUCGAAGUGUGGGAUAUGAAGGAUGAGGACAUCUUGAAAAAAUACCAUCUCUGUAGUAGGCCGAAUGAUGUAAUCACCUCGGAAGGAAAUCAAUUGAGAGUGCGACUCGUCACGGACUAUUCGAACAAUAAAAAUGGAUUUCGGGCCGAGUACACACGAGUUGGCUGUGGUGAAGUCUUGACCAACGAAUUUGGAACAAUUGCAUCACCAAAUUAUCCCUUCAGUGGUGGCCUGGAAUGUGAGUGGUAUAUAGAGGUACCGGCUGGCAAGCAGAUAGUUUUCACUGUCACUGAAUGCCAGGGGGAUUAUGAGCACGUCAACUGCUCAUUGGACAGUAUAACUGUAAAAGAAUCCAAGACCUCGCCAUACACCCUUAUGCAUUACUGCAUCAGCCAACAACCCAUAACAAAUAUCUACUCGCCAAUGAAUCGUCUGUAUGUCCAAUUUCAAUCGGGUCCUUCCAGAGGUCGUAAAUUCUUCAAAGCCAUGUAUCACACACGAGAUGCAACCUGUGGUGGAGUGCUCAGAGUUACCUCUGGCUGGUUAUAUUCGCCCAGCUACCCGCGUAACACAACCGAGGAGCUCAGCUGCAAAUGGGACAUCAGUGUAGCCGAUGCGAAUGUCAUUUAUCUGACGAUAAAAGAAUUGGAAUUUAAUCAGUCGGAAAAUUGUGAAGAGAAUUAUUUGAAAAUCACAGAGAUAUCCUCCGAACGUACUGCGAACAAUGCUAGCAAAAUAUGUUCUCUGGACAGAGGACUUUUUAUGUUAAAUAGCAGUCGGGUAACUAUCGAGUACAAGAAUCAAAAAUCUCUAUAUGGAAGCCGAUUUAUGUUACUCUACCGAAGCAUGUGCGGUGGGAAGUUAGAAAUGGAUUCUGGUUUAAUUGUGGCCGCAUCGAAUGAAGAUUGUUUUUGGACUCUGUCUGUGGCGAAGGGAAAUUCAAUUUCCUUAAACAUUUUGGAGUUGGAUUGUUUUUGUUCGAAAACCGAGAAUGGAACAAAAAGUUGUGGAACCCGCGGUCUGGGGCUCAGCACAAACAAUGAGAAUCCGCAAACUUAUACGGAUCUAACAUGUGAAAAAUUUCAAUCACAUAUGAUUUUCGAAAGCACCCAACUGUAUAUCUACACGAAUGGUAUAAAUUUUCGUGCAACCUAUUCGACAACACAACAUUCAUGCGGCGGCACAAUAACAGGGGCACGUGGUAUCCUGACAUCGCCCAACUAUCCCUUGCCCUAUGCGGGAAAUAUUGAAUGUAUUUGGACGAUAACAGCCAAAUUGGGCAAUACUAUACAAAUCGAAUUCGAUGAUUUAGAUAUGGCCGCGAGUGAACAUUGCAAUGAGGACUUUUUGGAGAUACGUUCAUGGUUGGGCUCAAAGGCCUUGGCCAUAUAUUGUGGUAACGCUGUGCCGGAAGAAAUUCUAAAAUCAAAAGAUUCCAUGUGGCUCAAAUUUCGUAGCUCCGAGGGAAGCAGUGGCAAAGGUUUUAAAUUGAAAUGGAGUUAUGCUCAUCUUACCGAAUAUGUGAAUGAAACAAGGGGUCUCAUAGAAUCACCUCCCACAUCAUUGCUGCGUAAUGAGGAUGAGACUUUUGCAUGGCGCAUCUUGGUUCCAAGGCAGCAGUUUGUGGCAUUGUAUUUUAAAACCUAUCUCGAUGGCUUGAAGCUCUACGAUGGCUAUGACUCUACAGCUCUGCCCAUCGAAAUUUCCGAUGCCCCCUGGCGUUUUGUAUCCAGCUCGAAUGUCCUGUACUUCGAAACUGACAUUGAAAACCCCAAUUAUUUUCAAAUAUCAUGGAACACCACAAAUGUGACAGUUGUCGACUCGAAUGUUACCACAUCCAAGUGUCACGUGGAUAGAUUGAUAAAACCUCAUGCCAGCGUUAUGAUCUAUUCACCAAAUUAUCCUUCAAAAUAUGAUAAUAAUCUGGCCUGUGAUUGGAUUUUUAAGCCGUUUCUGAGUACCCAGCAUGUGGUCUGUGAGGUGUAUGAGGUUAAGUUGGAAAAUGUUAGUGCCUGUACAUCGGAUUACUUAAAAAUAUCUACGUCCAGUGAUCUGGUGCAGUGGCAUGAAGAAGCCAAACUUUGCGAUAGUCCCGACAAGACAUAUACACCGUAUCGCAUCUAUAAUGGUACACCUAAUCUGAAAUUGGAUUUUGUUACAGACGUAUCGAUUAAGGGUAAGGGAUUCGCUGCUCGGAUUAUUACAAAAUGUGGUUCAAAUUUAACCCAAUCGGUGGGUUUCAUAGAGGGAGAGAAACUUCUCUAUGAAACCGAUUGCCAUUGGCGCAUUCGAGUUCGACCGGGAAAACGUGUACUCCUACAGUUUGACUUUGCUCCAGCCAUAGUGAAAAAUCCGCCAGAAUGUCUUGAUUAUGUCUUGAUUUAUGAUGGCAUUGAUAGGCAUGCACCACUCUUGCCACCCGGCAAACUAUGCAACCCACAAAAUGUUAGCCAAAUCCAAAUGAAUUCCAGCAGCAAUUAUCUGGCCAUCCAAUACAAGUUAGCCCUGCCCAGACCAAUCAUGUCGAGGCGCUGGAAUCUCACCUAUCGCGAAUACUCGACAUGCAAUGAAGAAUAUCGCUUGAUACCUGAGGCGGACAUCAUCAAUAUUACCUCACCGAAUUAUCCCAAUGUACCACCGCCCCGCACGGAGUGUGAGUGGAGAGUAAUGGCACCGCGUGGAGAACUAAUCGAUAUCAAGUUCUCCAAUGAUUUCCACAUGAAUACCAAAUACUGUGACCUGGAGUAUGUUGAGCUAUUCGAUGGUGCCACUGCCUUGGCCAAGAGUUUGGGAAAAUAUUGCCGCACCCCACCUCCAAUGAAAACCACACAGAAUCUAUUAUAUAUCCACUAUCUGACCGAUGUCAGUGAACCCAGGGCCGGCUUCAAGGUACAGCUAUCGAUUGGCAAAUGUGGUGGAACCUUCACAGCCUCGAGUGAAAUAAUUACCUCUCCCGGCUAUCCCCAACCCGGCGCCUAUCCCGCACACAGUGAAUGCGACUACGUCAUCAGUCAACCAGCGGACACUAGAAUACGUCUAAUCCUACUGAACAUAAAUUUACCGUUUAAUCACAAUUUUCCCAAAAGCAAAGAUUAUUUGGAGAUUAUACCCAUAAUUCCAGCCGAGGUCAAUGAAACUAUACCAUCGGUAUUUGUGUUCGGCAAUGCCACAAGGGGAACCCAAAUCGAUUUGAAUGUCAACAGGGCCAUCAUCCGUUUCCAUACAUCUGCCAGAGCCACUCUAUAUCAUGGUUUCCAAAUAAAAUAUAAUCGCUUUAGCGGCCAAUGUCAUCAGGAAAUGGAGGGUGUAUCAGGUCCAAUAACAUUGAAUUUCCCCCGGAGAUCAUUCUAUUCCAGUUACUGUCGUUGGAAAAUAACCGUACCGAAGGGCUUGAGAGUGCGUUUGGAGUUCCUAAAUAUGGGAGAUUUUGAAGUGCAAAAUGAAAGCAGAUCCAUUAGCUUUACCAUUUACAACGACCAUGAAAUGCAAUCGAAAAUAUUAACCUUCGAUAUGAACAGCUAUGAUCCAAACACCAUAAUUCAGUCCAGCGAUAAUACUAUGCUAGUCAGUAUCUACAUACCCACGAUGACGAUGCCGUAUAGGAGCCUCAAGGCUCACUACUACUCCGACAGCGAGUCAUUUUGUCCGCCAAAUAUUGAUGAAACCAAGCUCGAAGGCCGCAUCGAUAUAGGCGAUUGGCAACCGAACUUCCAGCAGCCCUACUAUUGUAAAGCGAAAAUUAACUUGAAUCCCUCGGAAACAUUGGUGUUCAACAUUAGCCGCUUUGAGCUGAAAACACUUGGCGGAAUGCCGCGUGUGGUCAAUGCAUUGAGUUUUCGUGACAAUUUGGUGAUAGCAAGCUAUAGGGAAAAUCUGACACAGGUCUUGCAUCCACAAUCGCAACCGGUGGGUUUUUGGCAAAUUAUACAAACCGAUUACGAACGAAUUGUCAAGCUAUCCAUGUCGUAUCGGCGUCAUGCUUGCGGUGGCAACUAUGUGGUAAGGGAUGGCCUAACCAUUGAACAGCCGGAUAUACGCGAUAUCGGCUAUGGUGCUAUAAUGUGUGUGUGGAGUCUAAAUCGGCCGUAUUAUUAUGGACGCACAGACGCUGCAUUCCGCUUGGUGGGCAAUUUCACAUUCAGCGAUUCUUGUGAACGUGAAUUUAUCCUAAUCAAGGAGCAAAGAUGGCAAACGGAUGCCGUGAAAAAGCUUUGCCGCGGUGAAGGUGAAGACACCUCACUCGAUUACAAUCUGAAGCAUAGCCGUUCAUUUGUGGUUUACCAGGCGGAAAGUUAUGUAUACUCCAAAACACAAUUCCAUUUUGAGGCCAAGAAAACCAUUGUCUGUGGUUCCAAGACCAUGGUAACUUUCGCCUCAACCCGGGUGGAGGUGGAUCGGCAAACCUAUCGCAAUAAUGAAGAAUGCCUCUGGAUCUUUAAGGCCCAACGAGGUUUCUAUUUGCAGGUGACCUUCUACGGUCGUUUCUUUGUGGAGCACUCGGAAAAUUGUAGCCGAGAUUAUGUGGAAAUACAACAUAAAGAAGAUGGCCUCUGGAUACCAGAUGUUCGCUACUGUGGCAGAGAUCUGCCACCGAUUUACAAUUCCAGCACCAAUCAAAUUCAAAUAAUAUUCCGCACAAAUGAAAACGUAACCGCGGAUGGUUUCUCCCUCUUUGUUCGCAGCCACUGUUCGCUGGUGGUUAAUGUCACCAGUUCGGAGGUGAAAACUAUUUACCGGCCACAAAAUUUGCCAUAUCGCAAUCUAAGAACCCAGUGUGAAUAUAUCUUUCAGUCGAAUGAAAAAGAUAAAUUGAUCAAGGUUAGGGCAACAUCUGCAGCGGCUACCUUCAGCUAUAGAAGGUCCUCAAAUCAGGGAGUCUGUUUUAUGGUGUAUAAACGUGAUACGCAGCCUGCAACAAAACAUUGCGAAUUAGAAUUCGAAGAAAGGGCCUACAACUAUUUGCGAUUGACGACCAAUGAAAACGGGGAGUACAGCCUUGAAUACAGCUUCGAUACAUGUGGUGGCAACGUGACCAAUAGUCAUCAAAUCAUACGCCCUCAGAAACAUGAACACCUCGACGUAUAUGCCAACAAUAUGAAUUGUGUGUGGUAUGUAACAGCUCCAGCCGAUCACUCCAUUGUGGUGCGUUUUAAAUAUUUCAACAUGGAAGAGCGCCGUGAUCAUUUGAGCGUUUACUCGGGACAUGCUAUAUUGGGCGAGAAACGUGUUAGCCAGUUGUCGGGCAACCUAAUGGACACAUUGCCCACCAUCAUUGUCGAUCACAACCAAGCCGUUAUCAAUGCCAUCUCUGAUUCCGUAAUUGCGGCCAGUGGCUUCGAGGGCCAAAUUGUCUUCAUACCGAAUUGCAAUGAACGCAUUUCGCUUACCGAUGGCAACUCACCCGUCAGUCUGGCCCGUAACUAUGCCACAUCAAGGGAUGGCAAAGAGUAUAUGUGUCUCUAUCGCAUAAACGCUCCCAAAGGAUAUCGCAUACGAACGGAUAUUAAAAAAUUGGAUAUCAAUGAUGGCCUCUCGAAUUGUUCAUCUGCAGAGAAUGGCCAAUGUACGAAUGAUUCGUCGGCCUGUAACUUUGUCGAAGUAUUCGAUAGUGUUGAGGUGAAACAGCCGUCCAUGGGAAAAUUCUGUAAUGCCGCCAACACCACUUUGUUCAGUUCAUACAAUGAUGCAAUGUUAAAAUUCAUUGGCGCCCAAGAGAGGUCAUACAGUUUCGAAAUAAUUCUUACCAUGGAAAAGAGCGAGUGUGGCACAACGGAUGUAUAUACAUUGGGAGUAGAUGAGAGAUACACCAUAACUAUGCCGCAGAAUCACGAAGCAACAUAUAGUCCGAAUUUACAUUGUACAUGGCGCUUCAAAAUAAGCAGGCCGGUUUUGUUGCGAUUCAAUUACAUUGAUUUGCAAAAUGUAUCACAAAUAUCUGGUGAAUGUUUGGACUAUAUACGAGUGAAUAGAUAUUAUAAUUUCCAUCAACUUUGUGGCCAUAGCUCUUCGUAUCUGGGAUACGAAUGGGGAGUAGUAGAUAAAAAAUUCGAAAUAACUUUUCACAGUGACGCCACGGAGGAAGCUAAAGGAUUUCAACUUGUAAUUGAGCCUAUAAGUGUAUGCGGUCAGACAUAUUCUCAUCCAAAUGGACUUUUGGACUAUUUGUACAGUGUGAAAAACUGCCAAACAAAUGUUACUGUUGCCGAAAACACCAACCUCAAUUUCUAUAUAUGGGACAUAAUGUUUGGUGACCCCAAUGAAGGCAAACAUUACAAGAUAGUUGACCUCAAGACCAACACUACCGUUUUCCAUCGAUCGGAAGAUAUUCUUAAACCGGUAGCUGUUUUUCUUAACACGAGCACGGUGCGCAUUGAGGCUGUAAAUGUAACGUUCGGAUUGGUAUUCUAUUCAAUCAGCCAACGUACUUCGAUUCCCGGCUGUGGUGGUACAUAUACUUUGCACAGAGGCCUUAUCAUUAGUCCAAAUUAUGAGAAUGAACGUAUGUUUACAAAUUGUUCAUGGAUCAUUCAGGUGCCAGCUCCAAAUAGUGUAAAAAUUAAAUUUCUCGACUUCAAUAUGGGCACCAUUGCCAAUUGUCAUUUGGACUAUUUACAAAUGUACGACAUUAUGCCCGAUGGCAGUGAACAACCGUUGAAGACAUUGUGCGGACCUGAUACACCUAGGGAAAUAAUUAAAUCAUCGUCAAAUGUAGUGCGUUUAAUAUCGAAGACCACACCGAAUUUUGAUGGUUCAGGCUGGUCACUUAGUUAUAAUAUUGUUUAAAAUUUAUUGAAAUAAUGUUAAAAAAAUAUAUAUACA